AUGAGCUCGGCAAAAGAUACCACAUCUUUCCUGCUCAAAAAAUAUCAUGGUGGGCAUGUGGUCAUCAGGCUGGCAUUAGGAGGUGCCACUAAUAGACCUUUCUACCGCAUUGUGGCUGCUUAUAAUAAACGGGCGAGAGACAGUAAAUAUAUUGAGCAGCUGGGCUCAUAUGACCCUCUCCCCAACAUACACAAUGAAAAACUUGUCGCCUUCAAUUACGAAAGAAUCAAGUACUGGAUUGCAUGUGGGGCUCAUACGACAAAACCAGUGGCCAAACUUCUAGGAUUGGCUGGAUUUUUCCCACUGCAUCCAAUGACAAUAACAGAAGCGGAGCGGAGACAGAAAGCAGCUUCGAUAGAAGAAGUGACAACAGACAAUCAAGAACAAGUGGAGCAGAAGGAAACAUUGUAA